AUGGAUUUAUUUAUGAUUGCCUUGAGCAUAGAUAAUUUUACAAUAUCACAAUCAAUCGAAGGGCAAGUCGUGGCUGUGGAUAAGUCUGUGAAAGAUAUCCAGAACAGAAUCCAGGUGGUUUCUGAAACCCAAAGUGACGAGAAGGCUUCUCGUGAUAGGGAAAGACGCAAGGUGGUUCUCAAUUGGCUGUAUUCUGAUGAUUUUGAUACAAAGCACACCGAUAUCAGCAACCGGAGGCAGAAGGGUACUGGCGAGUGGCUCUUAAAUUCUCCAGAGAUGCAGAGUUGGAUUAUGGGAUCGCAUCCGUCUAAAUUACUCUGGGGCUAUGGGAUCCCUGGUGCCGGGAAAACUUUUAUUAGUUCCGGUGUGAUCGAGCAUCUCAAAGACCGGGCUGAUGCGUCUGACUGCGGUGUGGCAUAUGUCUACUUUGAUUACAAAGAAAGAGACAAUCAAACACCUAUUCUAGUUCUUGCGAGCUUGGCUAAGCAGCUUGGGUACCAAAUUCCACACCUACCGCAGAAGAUCAGCACACUUUACGAGGAACAUGUGAACAAAGGCAAACGACCUAGCCUAGAGGAGCUUCUUAUCGUUCUUUUAUCAAUAUUCGCUUCAUUCAAACAGGUCUUUAUAGUCUUCGACGCGUUGGACGAAUGUAACCAGAAAGGUCAACGAGAUAAAUUUCUCCCCCUGUUCCAUUCUUUGGGGGAGGGCGGUGCCAAUUUAUUUAUAACAAGUCGAUAUUACCCUGAAGACAUACAGGUGUCGUUCAAAAAUGUACCAAGAAUAAAAAUCAUGGCUUCCGGAGAAGAUAUAAAAAGCUAUAUUCUACAGAAGCUAGAGGAGAACCCACGAGUAAAGCGUUUGGCUGAAAAGGCUAAAUGUGAAGAUAGGAUAAUUUCCGAACUCACCGAACGCGCGAAUGGAAUGUUUCUACUCGUUCAUUUUCAUAUUGAGUAUCUCUGCCAGCAAACAACAGCAAAUCAGCUUCUGUCAGCGCUUGAAUCCUUCGGUACCGAAGACUCGUACACAGAGAAACAUCCUCUAGAUACUACAUACGACCGUGUCGUGGAGAGUAUCCGCCAACAACCGAAACGUCUUGCUGAGCUCGCAAUAAAAAUACUUUCCUGGAUUGUGAAGGCACAGAGGGCACUCACAGUCGAAGAGAUACAAAUAGCGGUGUCUAUAAAUCCAAACCUUUCUGCACUUGACGAACUAGAUGUGCCAGAAAAAGCGACACUACUCGAGGUCUGCGCCAGUUUGGUGAUAAUCGACGAGAGUAACUUUGUGCGUCUUGCCCAUCUUACCGUCCAGGAGUACCUACUGAGGAGUACUGUUCUCUUGUUGGAAAUCGACUACGAGAUAGCCCUGGCUUGUAUAACUUAUUUCUCAUUCGAAAUAUUUACCGCAAACUCGCCGCACUCAAAAAGUACGCUUAAACGCGAGCUAUACGCGUAUCCAUUUCUCGAAUAUGGGGCCAGACACUUGGUUUAUCAUCUUAAACAUUGCAAUGAGAUUCAAUCGAAGGAUGCAAUUCUCGAAUUUCUCAAACGUCAUAAACAAAGUGCUUUUUGGUUUCGGGCGAACUUGAGUUUAAUGAUUAUAUUGAAUUCGAUCUAUCUUGAGGAGAUGAUAUUUCCUCUCCCGUUUCAUAUUGCAGUGUAUUUCGGAAAUCGUCUGGCAGUAAAGCAUUUAUUAGACGAAGGAUUUAGUGUCUUGGACUUGGAUGGAUUCGAACGGUCAGUAGUACAUUGGGCAGCCAUGUCAGGAGAAAGAGCGAUUCUCGAAUUACUGUUGAAAUACGGGGCCGAGGUUUUGAAUUCUGAUGCGGAGUCUUAUACGGCCCUACACUACGCCUCUUCCUCCGGACACGUUGAAAUUGCAAAGCUCUUGAUUGACCGUGGUUCUAAUAUUUCUGCUACAACGUACAAGGAGGAAACGCCACUCCACCUAGCGGCGGACAGCGGUCAUAUAAAGAUGGCCGAGCUCUUGCUUGACCGUGGUGCUCGUGUUUCUGCUACAACAGACGACAGUGAAACGCCACUCCAUCUAGCGGCGGACAGCGGUCAUGUAAAGAUGGCCGAGCUCUUGCUUGACCGUGGUGCUCGUGUUUCUGCUACAACAUACGGCAGGGAAACGCCACUCCAUCUAGCGGUGGACAGCGGUCAUGUAAAGAUGGCCGAGCUCUUGCUUGACUGUGGUGCUGAUGUUUCUGCUACAACGUACGUCGGCAGGGAAACGCCACUGCAUAUUGCGGCGGACAGCGGUCAUGUAAAGAUGGUCGAGCUCUUGCUUGACCGUGGUGCUGAUAUUUCUGCUACAACGAGCUACGGGAAAACGCCACUGCAUAUUGCGGCACUCCGCCGGAAUUUUACGAGUGUACGAGCACUUGAAUCCCGGUUGUUUUCGUUUUAG